UCAAACUUAUAACAGCAUCCGUUCUAAUGCAAUAUAAGGAACAUACUUCUUUUUUUUUUAAAAAAAAAAUACGAUCCUUUAUAUCCAGAAGGACAUAAACUGUACCUGUAGGCUACAUAUUACAUAUUGUAAUGGUCACACACCCCUAUAUCAUUAGUAAUCAGACUAUUUCGUCAGAAAGCAAGCUCGAAGAUGGCUCCUAAAACAAAAACAAGUCAGCGUGGGGAAGAUUUGAAACAAGAAGAUGUUUUACAAGCUGUUGUUAUAGCCGAUAGCUUUAAUAUUAGAUUUGGUCCUUUAACACAGAAAAAACCAAGGGCAUUGUUACCUCUAGUCAAUGUACCAGUGAUAGAUUAUACUUUGAAUUUCCUGGCAGCUGCUGGUAUACAAGAAGUUUUUGUUGUCUGUUGUCAUCUAGCAGACCAAAUCAGAACUCAUUUAAAAAAUUCAAAAUGGAGCGAAGCAAGUUCUACGAUGACAGUAACACCUGUGUUAUCAGAUGGUUGUUUAUCAGUGGGAGAUGCAUUACGUGAAAUCGAUUCUAAAGCUCUUAUCAGAAGUGAUUUUAUCUUGAUUACUGGCGAUGUUGUUUCAAACAUUGCUGUACAAGAUAUCAUGGCAAUACACAAGAAGAGAAGAGAAAAAGAUAAAUCAUCUCUGAUGACGAUGAUUUAUAAAAAAGCUCCCAUUGGUCAUUCGACCAGGUGUCCUGAAGAUGAUGUAGUUCUGGCUGUAUCUACACAAUCAGAACAAGUUCUUCACUAUCAAAAAACUAGACAAGAAAAACGACUAGACAUGCCAGUGGAAAUCUUGUUAGAUAAUACAGAUGUCGAGAUACGUUAUGAUUUAAUGGAUUGUCAGAUAUCUAUAUGUACACCUCUUGUACCUCAGCUAUACACAGAUAACUUUGAUUAUCAAACUAGAGAAGAUUUUGUUAAAGGAAUACUUAUUAAUGAAGAGAUUUUAGGUAAUACAAUACAUUUACAUGUUGUAAAAGAUGAAUAUGCAGCUAGAGUAUCUAAUUUACAGAUGUACGAUGCUGUGAGUAAAGACAUCAUAAGACGAUGGACAUUCCCCAUGGUACCAGAUCAGAAUUUUAUAUCUACAGACAAGCAGAGAAUUUCUUAUGGUCGACAUAAUAUUUACCUUAGUGAAAAUGUCUCUUUAGAAAGAGGAUGUGUAUUAGAAGAAAAUGUUGUGAUAGGGUCAAAUACUGUAGUGGGUAGUAACACAUUUAUAAUUGAUUCGGUUAUUGGUAAAAAUUGUAUUAUAGGAGAGAAUGUAAAGAUUAAAGGAGGUUAUUUAUGGGAUGGUGUUAAGGUAGAAGAUCAUUGUAUGAUAGAUACAGCAGUCUUAGCUUCUGGUGUUAUUGUAUAUAAAAAUACUACUGUUAAUACUGGUAGUGUAUUGGCCUGGGAUGUGAAAGUUGGUCCUGAUAUAGUUCUACCCCAGCUUGUUUUGUUAAUGUCAGAACCACAGAAAGAUGAAUUUGAUUCUGAUACAGAGGAACCAAUUCCAGAAGUCACACCUAUAUUUGGUUCAAAAAGUAAAGCGUUUGAAUAUAGAGCAUCUUGUGGUAGUGAUGAUGAUGAGGAAGAUGAUGGAUUAAUACAAGAUACAUGGGGAUUAAAGAUAUUAUCAGAUGAUGAAGAUUAUGAUGAUAUAUAUACUACAGACAGUGAUGAUGAUUUAGAUGUUGAUGAUGGUGUGGAUGAAGCAGAUAUUGAACUUGGAGAUGUAGAUGAACAUGAUGUAGUUAUGUUUUAUUCAGAACUAAUUGACACUUUAAAAAGAGCUAAAGAAGAGAAUAUAGGAAAAGACAAUGUUAUAUUAGAGAUUAACUCAUUAAAGCAUGCCUAUAAUAUAUGUAUUAAUGAUGUACAUAGAAUGGUUGUCAAGGCAGUUAUUGAUUUACCUUUACUAAUAUCAAAAGAUAUAGAAGCAACUCAAGUUAUAAAUAUACUUAAACCACAACUUGCAGCACAGAAACCUUUAUUAUUGAAUUAUAUUAAAAGUCCAGAAGCUCAACUUGAUUGUUUAAAUGCACUGGAGGGAUUCUCAGAAGAAAAUAAAUUGGUUAAAAGUGCAUUGAUUAAAAUCAUUCAUUAUUUUUAUAAUGAAGAUAUGUUAGAUGAACAAGUUAUAUUUAAAUGGUAUAAAAAGGAACCACAUCCUGAUAAUAUAACGUCACAUACUGCUGUCAGAAAACAGGUGGCUCCAUUUAUAAAGUGGUUACAGGAUGCAGAAGAGGAAUCGUCAGAUGAUUAAUGUUAUAAAAUAAAACUCUCUAUAAAAAUAUCAAAA